AUAAUAUAGGUCGAAAUUGGCCGAUAUACUGACUGGCUACUGGCAGAAUAGUGCCAGGCUGUCCAUACUGAGGACAUUCCGUUUGACACUGAAUGCAGCACCAGACUUGCUGGUCCUACGUGACUUCGCAUUGAACGCGAUCAGUGACAUUGGAGACAGAGCCAGCGCCUGGUCCAUCACCUUAGUAGAUAAUAUUGAAUUUAAACAUUACACUGUUAGCAGAGUGAGGUCUGUCAAACAAAGUGGAGAGCCGUUCCCUUCAGCUCUGUUUCUCUACUUGAGCACCGUGCUGGACAGAUCUGCUAUAGAGGAUAUAUGUUUGGUAAAGGUGCGAAGCGGAAGCUGGAUGAGGAUGAAGAGGGCCUGGAAGGCAAAACGCUGGAGGCGUCUGUGGCAGGAGGAGGACACGGCCUCGGUCAGGAGGGCCUUUCCAAGGUGUCGUACACCUUGCAGCGCCAGACCAUAUUCAAUAUCUCCUUGAUGAAGCUGUACAGCCAGCGGCCACUGGGAGAGCCCAGCCUGGAACGCCGCGUUCUCAUCAACAACAUGCUGCGACGCAUCCAGGACGAACUCAAGCAGGAGGGUUCCCUGCGGCCACUGCUCCUGCCGCCGUCACCCCCGCCGGACGACCCCAUGGACGAGGGGUUUCGAGACGCACCACCGUCCUUUGGUGUUUUGGCAGCAGCAGCAACAGCCCAGGUAUCCCAGCCGUCUGUGCUUCUGAUGCCAGUAAUUGCCCCACCGCCUUCACCCCAUCCAAUGGUGCCUCCCACUUACCAGGCAGUCCAGGCUUGCCCCAACUACAUAGAGGCGUGCCCCGCCCCACUAGAAUCCUGCCUCACUCCAGCCUCUUUAUUGGAGGAGGAUAGUGGAGAUACAGCUUUUUGUGCUCCAUCCCCCCCCACUCCUCCUUUGUCACCUCCCCCAGUGCCGCCCCCACCAUUACCUUCGGCACUUCUGAGCCAGGCGGGUCCCAGGAUCUCUGUGUCACCUAUGUCCACUAAUGAUUUCCCAUCCACCAUGAGUGACAUUGAGUUGGGUCCUCCCACAGCCAUAACGAGGACAGAAGCAGCUAAUACUAUGACCACGACUACCUCCCCAGCUCCCACACCACUCUCCCAGCCCUCCCUCUUAGAACCCCCCUCCCCGACACCCACCAGCCACCCCAGGGACUGCAGGGCCACGGGGGCGAAACCAGAGGCAGCUGGCUUAUUGCUAGCAGAACCUCGCUGUGCAGAUCUCCGGUCUAUGGACACUCUUCCCCCUGGUAGCCUAGUAGACAUUUCCUCCUCUCCUUCUUCUCCAUCUUCCUCGUCCUCACCCUCGGGAUUUUUCUCAGACUUGGCGCUGGACGAUGUUCUUUUUGCAGACAUCGAUACGUCCAUGUACGACUUUGACCCCUGUACAACAGGUGGGGCAGUGGGCAUGACAGCAGGUGGUGGUCUCACCAAACUAUCACCAGUGGUGACAGCAGAUGACCUCCUAAAGUCACUGUCCUCUCCGUACAGUGGCCCCACCCCCCAGGUUUCAGCCAAUCAGCCUUUCAAAAUUGAUCUAACAGAACUGGACCACAUUAUGGAGGUGUUGGUGGGUUCGUGACUGGUUGAGAAGUGACCAGCUGAAAAAUAGACAGUUUCGUAUGGAGUACAGACUGGAAUUAAAAAUGGGGGGUUGCUUUGGGGUUCUUGGUUCUUGGUUUUUUGUGCUUGUUAUUUUUUCAGAAACUCUCUUUAAAGGUCGGUAAUUGUAAACAUCAAUAGUGAUGUCAAUUAGUACUACUAUGACAACAACUACUACUACUACUACUACACAACACUGUGCAUGCACUAUGCUCACUUUUCCAGUUGUGGAAAUUAGAUAACUGGGAAACCAUGAUUCACACAAACUUGUAUUUCUAUACUUGUAGGACAUUUUUCACUUCAUUUAUUCCCUAAACUUAAUUUAAAACCCAUCCUAGUUCAAAAGUUUGAACGUGAGCCUUAACCCCGAAUAGUCAUUGUAUAUAGAAUAAUAUCAAGACCACCAAAUUGUUCUCUGUCAAGAGGGCAUUUGCUGUCAUUCUGUUCUCGUGAGGUCUGCUACUUGUCACAGGUAAAGAAAUACAAGUAAACACACAUAAGCGUGACACAAACAAACAUAAAUACUCAUGUUAACGUCUUUUAGAAGACGAGUGCCUUCAGAAAUGACCACUCAUUCAAUUCUUGAUUUUACAGUAUUUGUUUUAAUUUCUCUUCACUUUAACAGCCAACUCUUUAAUGUUUUUUCUAAUUUAUUGUAUUGUAUUGAAACAAUAAGUAAGUAAAUUUAUUUACGAUGAUCAAAAAUAAUUAUUUAAUCUUUAUCUUAUUGCAGGUGUUGUUUUUUGUUUGUAAAGCAACCAUAAAAAACGUUUUACAAGAAAUACAUUGUUUUACCACUGUGCUGAAUAAUAUAUUAGCUUGGCUAUAUAAUUACGCUUUGGGAAUAGCUCUAAAUCACAUUGCCUGGUUGUUUGUUAACCUGUUUUGGCAGAAGAAGGUGUUUCUUCUUGUACAGAUCAUGUCUAUGAAUUCAGUUCAGGACUAUUUCUUCCCUUUCCGUAUUGACAGGCACAUAUAACUGUGCCGGAUGCUGUUUUACAUGAGCUUGGUCAUAUAUCAUGUUUCAGUUACAGCAGAAUUCAAAUGACUCUUAUCCAUAGGAAAGCGACUGUAGACGUGUUUACAUUGGAAGUGACAGCAGCACGCCUUUCCUCCAGUCACAUGUAGACGAUCUGUCAGACAAAUCAGAGCUAACACUAAAUUUAGACUUAAAACAAAACGGCAAUCACACAUUUUAGGGGACACAAUGCGGCACUAAUAUGACUCCAUAGAAUUAUUCAUCACAAAGAAAGAAAAUCGAGUGUAGAGUAAAAGUGCCUUACUUUGGUUUGGUUUCUACAAAUAUAGCACCUUGACAGCACAGCAUACAGUAUUACACGCAACAUAUUUUUAGAAAGAAGAGCCCUAUAUACAAAAUCUCAGGGUUCUGCUCAUUUCUGUGCAUUGUGCUGUACAGUUUUAAUGCUGACCACAAACCUCAUGGAUGUUUUAAACUUGUACUUUGGCAAAGGUUGUCUGUCAACUGAAAAUAAACAUCAGUGGAUUUGUAGUGACAUAGGAAACCCAAAGUACGAUUUUAACGUCAUGUUAUAACCAUGCAUUGUUCUGCUAUCUUGUUUACAUGAAUUAGAUUUCAUAAAAUGUAUUUCCCACAAGCUUUUUAAAAUUCAUAAUCUGGGUAUUAACUGUGGUGCUCUUUAUUAAAAGUGAUUGAAUGCAUGGAUUGAGGUGAAAGCCCGGAAACAGCAGUGUUACAUAUGUAGUCAGAAUUUGCACACAGCUCUGUUUGAAUUUGACUUGAUACUUUGAUAGCUGUAUUAUAGAGUAACUGCAGUGGACAUUUGCAACUCACACACACACAUAAUUUACAGAUUACCACCAAAACAACUACCAAAAGAUGUAAACAAGGCCUUUUGUUCCUGCAGCAAUCAAAAAGACAGUUACAGUUUAACCAGUAGGCUUAAACAUCAAGGACCAAUCUACCCAAGUAUGCUUCUCUAUUACUAUAACUAAGUUAAACCAGUUGGACAUGUGUUUAUCUUGUCUGGAAGACAUCACACCAUGUGUUCAUGGAGUUAUGGGGUUUGACUGCAAAAUGAAGAGUUUCCGUAGCUGUCAGUUCAUGUUAUAGUUUAAUGCUGUAUUCAUUUAUGUUUACCUCUUGGUGGCAGUGACACAUCCAAAACAACAUCACACAAUACUGUGUAAAGAUUCUUAUGUUUUUCUAAAAAUAGUUGUUUACAAUAUUGUAAAUAAGCCAUGAUUCCUAUACCUGCUUAGGCUCCCUGAUUACUCUCUUAGCUCUGGUUUGAUCUCCGUCAACUCUAGUCAUGUUAUCCAGUAGGUAGCUGUGUGCUAACUGUAUCUGCAGAUUGUUUCUUGGCAGGUAAAGAGGGUUUGUCUUUCUGUUUUGAUGAAAACACUUUUUGCGUACAACACAAAAUAAUGAACUAAAAGAAGCUUGUGUGUCCCACGUAAAAAAGGGAAACCGCUAAGUUAGGUGAUAAUUACCUGCGGGCUCAUUACUGCCAACAACACCUGAUACGUUUUGUAAAAUCAUUUGAAACAUUGUUGUAACUGCUGCACUCUGCUCAUUUUACAUAUCAUCUAGUUUUGUCUAACUCUCCACAGCAAUAUGGGAAAAUCACAACGCAGACAGACACUGACUAUACACACAGUGUAGAACUACAGAUGUAGGAAAUCAUUUAAGGUGGACUUUUACUUCAGAAGAGUAGAGUGUUACUAGUAGUGGUCCUCAGGAGUUUUUUUGUAUAGAAUGUUUUAUCUGAUCGCCAGUUGUCCUCAUCACACUGAUUCCACCAGUAGCAGCGAGGCUGUAGUCAUUUAAAAAAGUGUUCCAAUGUAAAAUGGUUAGUCAUGCAUUGGACCUCAGCUCAUACUCAACUGUAUUUGAACUGAAUUCAGAGCAAAGUGUGAGCCAAGCAGAUAGCAGCACCAACUAAUACUGUUUGUAGAUGACUGUGUCUUAUUUCUUUCACUAUGUUUGAAUAAUGGAGUGCUUGUUUUUUUUUGUCAAUUAAGUUAUUUAUUCAUAGAUGUUUUUCUUUUCUGUGUAAAUAUAUUUAUUUUUGAUGUGAAGUGAACAUUUAGAUUGUAAAUGUGUGUACAGAAUGUGUGGUCAGAAUGUACUUCAGGAAUGUAUCUGAGUGUGGAAUUAUGGGUGGAAGCCAUUUUUUAUAUACUUGGGUAGUUAUAAUACUUUGUUAAUAUGUUGCUUUGUUUUUUGUGGGUCGGCUGUCACAAAUUUUUACAACUUUUAUACUUUUUUUCAUCGUUUUCCAGUCAAAGGCAAACAGUUGCAGCAAUACUCAAAACCCGUCUCCAAACUUCAGAUGUCAAGACUCCAAAGCUUGUCAUAGAUGCUUCGAAGCCAAAAGUAAUGUACAUAGUAUGACAAACAUUCAAGCUCUUGAGACUUUUCGGAUCAGUGUUUGUACCGAAUCUGUUUUAGCGCUGUCCAAGUGUGUGGUGGUGCGACUCGCCAGGAAAGACUUACCACAGUCGAGGCUGAUUCUCUCUACAAAGGCUGUAUUUUACACAGACCUCAGAGCUGUGCCUUUUUCUAUGCAAUAGAACACAAACACACACACAGAAACUAUCAGCUGAUCACUGUAUUGGGAUCCAUAUGUGGACUGUAGAUAUAUGUGAAAUAAAUGGACAGCUGAUUAUGAAUUUGGAACAGACUUACUUUUGUAGUUUUAUAUAUAUAUAUAAAUAUAAAUAUAUAUAUAUAAAUAUAAACAAUAAACUGUAAAAAGAC